GUCACACAGCCUCCUAUAAAUAGACCUCAUGGCCGCAUCUCACUUCCGGUUUUAGAGUAGUGACGAAGGAAUCCAGGCUGCAGCAGGGUCACUAAGUCCACUUCUCAGUCGUCUCUAGUCGUCUCACAGCUUGACGAGCCUUUUUUUGACAGUCUACCCAGAGAGAGUAUUCGGUCACAGUUUGGUUUCCCUUUGAAUUGUCUUACCAUGUAUCCUCCAGCAGCUUUCACACCCGAACAUAUAAGAUCAAAUCCUACAGAUGUGGAGGCCAUUUCGACUCUGGACAAAGUGAUCCCUGGAGCCCCUCCCCCAGACAAUGUGUUAGAGAUAAAUCCUUUCAUUUUCAUGCCCUCAAAUCUUCCUGAUGGCAUUUGGUUUCUCAUGCACUCUAACGAGAACAAGGAUAACAAAGAUGGGUUCUGGAAGACCAAAGGUGAACCCCGUAAAAUAUUCUCAAGUUCUGAGAUCUCUGGUUGGAGAAGUACUUUAGAAUUCUAUGUAGGCCAAGCACCUCAUGGGUGUAAAACUGAUUGGGUGAUGCAAGAAUAUAGGAUAUCUCAGAGAGGACUGUCUGAAGGCACCAACGCUAAGGAAGCGAGAUCACUAUGCAGAGUCUUCCAUGACCGUGAACAAAGCAAAACCCAUCAAAUGCUGCAGAAACUGGCUAGCACUGACAUUGCAAGGGAAAACAACAUUCGCCCUAGUCAGUCAAAUGUUCCAGAUGCUGAUAUUGGACAAAGUUCCACAAGCAGGCCUCAGGUAAGUGAGGAUGACAGCACAGGUGUAUUGGCUUUGACAGAGAGAGCUCCAGAUCAUCGGCUAGAUUACUUUUCCAGAGAUGAUUACUUGGAAUUAUCGGAUCUUGAUAAGCCACUAUCACCUUAUCUUGAUAAUCCAGCAUUGUCUUCUUCAAGUUCAGAAAAUUCCAGUUGUGUGAGCAGAUCAUCAGGUGAAUGUUUUGAUUCAUUGGCUUUGUUGCAAGACCUAGAGACUGAAAAUAGCCAGAAGGAUGCAGGUUGCAAGUUCAGUGUCUGUGCAUCUCACAGACCAAACGAGGUGGUCGUGCUUCCAUCCACUUCAGCUCCUAUAGGCAGUAUAACGGACGUGUUGCCACCUGAAGAAAUCCUCAAAACAAGCAGGUCAAAAAAUGCCCUCAAGCUUGCCAGCAGAAAUCAGAAUCCAAACUUCAGGAAUGAAGGUCCAUCAUCAGAUACCCCUAUAGCAGCCACAGAUGGUAAAAACAUAGGCAGAACGAAAAACUUCAUGAAGUUUCUGUGCUUUAUGUCAUUUUAGAUCCUCCUUACACUUAAUAGGAAUGUAAUUUGCAUAUGUCCAUAAAAAGAAAAAAGAGAAAAAAAAAAAAAA